AUGAUUAGUGAAUUGCAAGUGAAGAAAAGCAUUCGGAGAUGCACGUACAAAGAGUUCAUGGCAUGUAACCCCUUACCAAACAAAGGGGAAGUUGAUCCGAUAGCUUGUCAAAGGUGGAUUUCAAGUACUGAAGCCGUGUUUACACGAAGUAGAUGUGAAGUGGAGGAUCAAGUAAUGUUUGCCACGUGCCUCCUACAACUUCAAGCAAAAGAUUGGUGGGACGCAUACUCGAAGGAAUUGGGGGAUGAUAAAGUACGGUCGUUAACAUGGCAAGAAUUCAAGGAGUCAUUUCUGAAAUAUUAUAGUCCACAAUCCGCAAUUGAUAAGAUUCAGGAAGACUUCUUACGUCUCAGACAAAAGGAUGAAACGGUUGACGAGAUAACGAAUAAGUUCCUUGAGAGGGUGAAGUUCUGUGAGGAGAUAGCGGGGACUGAGAGGCAAAGGAUUAUACGUUACCAUGCUAUGUUAAAGGUUGAAUAUCGGGAAUUUGUAAAUCCGUCCAAGUGUGCAACGUUAAAUGAAUUAAUUGAAUGGGCAAGAGAUACAGAAAUUGAGAUAAAAAGACAGGUUGAACGGGGAGAGAAAAGGGUAGCGGAGAAGCCUACCAACGCAAGCCCAUCGAAAAAGGUGCCCCGAAAACCCAAAGGUGUGUUAUAA